AUGUCAGCAAAUGAUGGUCCAGCUAAUUUAUCAAUUGGAACAGUUAUUGGAAGAUUUAAAAUUUUAAAAAAAAUUGGUGAAGGUAGUUGUGGAGCUGUUUAUACUUGUAGUGAAAUUUCUACAAAAAAAUAUGCUGCAUUAAAAGCUGAAUUAAUAAGUAAUUAUGGAAAUGGGUUAAAAUUAGAAGUACAAGUAUUAAAAAGACUUAGUGGAAAGAAACAUGUAGCACAAUUGUUAUCAUGUGGAAAAACUGAUACAUAUUGUUAUAUGGUUGUAUCUCUUCUUGGAGUUUCUUUGUAUACUUUUAUGCGUUCAAAAAAAUUUGAUUUUUCUUUAUCAACUAUUGUAAGAAUUUCUAUUCAAAUGUUAUUUGCUCUUAAACAAAUUCAUCAAAUUGGAAUUGUUCAUAGAGACUUAAAACCAGCUAAUAUGACAGUUGGAAGAAAAGGCAUAGAAAAAAAAAUUAUUCAUAUAAUUGACUUUGGUUUAUCUAGAGAUUUUACAAUUAUUGAAAAUGAUAAAUUAAGGUUAAGAAAACCAAGAGAAAAAUGUUUAUUUCGAGGAACCAUAAAAUAUUGUAGUGUAGCAACAAUGGAAAAAUUUGAACAAGGAAGAAAUGAUGAUUUAAUUUCAUUAUUUUACAUUUGUGCUGACAUUCAUAAAAUACUUCCAUGGCAUUAUUGUGAUAAAACAGAAGAAGUACUAAAAAUGAAAAAAGAAUAUUCAGAUGAAUUAUUGUUUGAAUUUUGUCCAAUAUAUAGUGACUUAAUUAAGUACGCAAAAAAGUUAAAAUAUCAUGAAGCUCCAGAUUAUGGAUAUCUUUCUGGUAUACUUAAAAAAGAAAUGACUAAGAAUGGUUUUAAAUUUUCAGAUCCAUAUGAAUGGGAAGAACAUGUUGAUGAAUUUAAUUUAAAAUUCAUGCCAAACAUUGAGGGUAAUGGAAAUUUACCACCAAAUUCAUCAUCAAAUAAAAUAAUUACUACAGAUACUAUAAAUAAAUUUUUUGAUAAACAUUUUAGUCAGGAAGCUUUUGAAAAAGAUGAACUUGGAUUUUAA